UAUUUUCAGCUGCCAUGCUGUGGAUAAUCCUAAACCUCAGGCUGAGUUGGCGAUGUUGAAGCAGUACGGUCCGGAUGUUCCUGAAGCCACGCUGCAGAAACUGGUGUCUGCUUUUGGAGAUCUGAGGUCGAUGGCCGACCAGGGAACCAUCACCUACCCCUACUCCACUAGAGAGGUGGUCAACAUCGUGAAGCACCUCCAGAGAUUUCCCGGCGAGGGUUUGGCGAACGUUGUGCGAAACGUCUUCGACUUUGACUCGUACAACAAAGACACGCGGGACGUUCUGAUCGAGGCGCUGCACAAACACGGCAUUCCCAUUGGAGCCAAUCCCAGCUCCGUCAAACUGGCCAAGGAGUUGCCCCUGCCAGAGGUCAAGAUGACGGGCUACUGGACCAUCAACCAGACUGGGAACGCUCGCCGAAAACUGCUCUGUCCCACUGAGACACGGCCCAUAGACAUCAAGGGCCCGGUGUUUCUGCGUGUUCAGACUCACCCGUGCAACAGACAGGAGAGCCGGGCUCUGAGUUUCAGCGAGGAGAAAUCCCACUGGCAGAUCCCCAUGAACGAGGUCAACAUCAUCUGCCAUGUCACCACCAAAGAUGAUGUGGUGUACGUGGCCACGUGUAACCCCGUGUCUCUGUUCUCGAUGAAGGAGCGCGGCGACACCAUCCAGAGCAUCGAGCUUUACGACGUCUUCCCGCGGUCCAUCAGCGGAACCUGGCAGCCGUUCAUCACCAUCGCCCCGCUCGGGAGUCCUCUGGACGGACAGGUGGUGCUGCACGAGGAGCAGACCAACACGGUGCUGCACAUCGACAUGGAGACGGGCGCCGUGCGGAGACUCCUCCUCUCUCAAGAGGACGAGAAGCCCCAAAGCAGAGCCUCCAACUGGUGGAGCAGCAAGGAGCCACAGCAAGGAGGACAUAGAAUGUGUCACGACUUCUCCCACAAAAACUGGCUCCUCUUCUAUAAGGAGGACGGGAACCAGCUGGAUGUGCUGGAUGUUCUGGAGGGCAGUGUGCACACCAUCUCUCUCCCGGUGAACCUGAAGUCAGUCUUCCUGGUGGCCGAGGACCGCUGGCUGCUGCAGGAGAGCAACUCCAACAAGAAGUUCCUGCUGACGAAGCUCAUGCACAUGGGGGCUGAGGACUCUGGAGUGUGUCAGCUUCACAGCCUCAGUGAGGACGGAGUGUGCCAGGGACAUGGAGCCAGCUCAGCGGAGGAGUCUGUUCCCCAGAUGGUGUCCAGUGAGCAGCUUCCCAACGAGAACCUGAGCGCCGCUCUGGACCAGAAGAUCGUUUCUCCAAACAGAAUCCUGUCCGACAGCGGCUCCUUCGCUCGGAUCGUCGUGGGCUUCCCAGACCUCGUGUCCCCUAAUGAGGUGUACAGCUUUAAGAGGCCUGUUGACCUAUCAGAGGUCAGGAUUGCUGAGGGCGGGGCUAACACCUUACUUCGAGGCGGACUCAGGUCCAGCACGCCCAAACGGGACAACUGUGUCAGUCUGCUCUCAGCCAAUCAGGUGGUCCGAGCCCUCCCCCCCAACAAGGUGCCCCUGAAGGAGGUCUACCCCAAAGAUGUCACUCCCCCGAUGACAGCGGCGUACCUGGAGGUGACUGAUCUGAACUCCAAAACAGUGAAAUAUAUUCCCGUCCCGAGGUCAGUGACGGUGUCUCCGUACACCGGCUGGCUGUCCAAGGUGUCGGAGUCGGACGUGCUGCUCUCUGAUCUGGGGUCAGGGGGCGUGGUCACGGUGGAUAUGGGGGGGUACGUCAGACUCUGGGAGACGGGACUGGACAACCUGCAGCGCUCUCUAAUGGAGUGGAGGAACAUGAUCGGGACGGAGGACGGCAGACCUCUACAGAUCACCAUCCAGAGGGAUAGCGGUCUGGAUGUCAGUGCCCCGAAACACGGAAAGAUCGACGCAAACAACGAUCCUCACGUCGGAGGGAACCAGUGGGCGGGAGGCACAGGCGGCAGAGAUACGGCAGGGCUCGGGGGGAAAGGAGGUCCCUACCGGCUGGAUGCAGGACACAAAGUCCACCAGGUGUCCCAGGCUGAGAAAGACGCCAUCCCAGAGGAGGUCCGCAAAGCAGCCCGCGAGAUGGGAGAGAAAGCCUUCAAAGAACGGCUGAAGGAGAUCAAUAUGAGUCAGUACGACGCUGCUAUGUACGAGCGGUUCUCCAGCGCCGUCAGCAGGCAGGUCCAAUCUCUGCGCAUCGUGCUGGACAGCCUGCAGGCCAAAGGGAAGGAGCGUCAGUGGCUGAAGAACCAGGCUCUGGGAGAACUGGACGACGCUAAAAUCAUCGAUGGACUGACCGGAGAGAAAGCUAUCUACAAACGCAGAGGAGAGCUGGACCCCGAGCUGGGCAGUCCCCAGCAGAAGCCCAAGCGUCUGCGGGUGUUAGCGGAUGUUUCCGGCAGCAUGUACCGCUUCAACGGAGUGGACAGACGGCUGGAGCGCUCCAUGGAGGCCGUGUGCAUGGUGAUGGAGGGGCUGGAGAACUACGAGCACAAGUUCAAGUACGAUAUCGUGGGGCACUCAGGCGACGGGUACGACAUCGAGCUGGUCAGAGCGGAUAAAGUCCCCAAAAACAACAAAGAGAGACUCAAAGUCCUCAAGACGAUGCAUGCUCACUCUCAGUUCUGCAUGAGUGGAGACUUCACUCUGGAGGGAACAGACUCCAGCAUCAAGGAGUUAGUGAAGGAGGAGGCAGACGAGCACUUUGUGGUCGUGCUCAGCGACGCUAACCUGGAGCGAUACGGCAUCCGGCCCGAAAGAUUCGCUCAAGUCCUGACCUCCGACCCCCAGGUCAACGCCUUCGCCAUCUUCAUCGGAUCCCUCGGAGAUCAGGCCGAAAGACUCCAGAAGACCCUUCCAGCGGGCAGAUCCUUCGUUGCCAUGGACACCAAACAGAUCCCCCAAAUCCUGCAGCAGAUCUUCACGUCUACGAUGCUGUCCAGUGCCUGAGACUGACUUCUUAUCUCACACAAUAAAAAAACUCAAAAUCAUAUCUGCACGCACGGAGAAACUUGUCAGACUGAAAACCACUUUCUGUAUCAGAUCAUUUGAUCUGAGCUGUAUCAGAGCUGAAGACUCGCCUUGACGGGAUUUUUUUAAUUAUCUUACAGAUGACCUUCAGCAGAAUCUAAGUGUUAGCGUGACAGAGUAUAAUGUUUAGCAGGGAAUAGUGUGUAUCGUCCGCAUAAUGCUCAAGCCCUUUUCCUUCCUGGCUGCAGGACCCAUGUGCUCCUCUCAGUCCUGCAAGGAAUCUCAGAUCUCCUUUCAUUGACGGACCUCCCACUCCUCUUUCUGAAACACAAGCACCUUCAACCCUGCAAAGAGGAUUAGUGGGAAAUUCUCUGACAUGUCCGUGUUGCUAUGUCUCAAUUUGGAUUCUUCCCUUACUAAACUGCCAUGUCGUUGACUGUGAAGUUGUGAACAUUGAAUUUGUGACUAUUGCUGCUGUUAGCUAGCUAUCUAACAAUGUUAUCGUUUUCAAAUAGUAGAGUCCAACCCGGAAGUUACCAGAGAACCGUAAGUGGUUUUUAGGGCUCGUUCCUGCUCUUCUCUAUUACAAGACUGCUCAACUAACACUAUAAAAUAAACAGUGGCUUGUAUUGAACAACAGUAUAGUGGUAAAUUACUAAAAAAAGUGUCUUUUUGUAUAAUUCUGUGUUUAUCAGAGGAACCGUGGCUGGUUGUGUAACUUCCAAAAUGAUGGUAGUUAAGAGAAGUGUCUAGCGUUCCACACCAACUUGUUAACAGUUAUAAGUGCACCAUCCCGGACCUCAUAGUGAAUUUUGCCAUACUUUGCAUUAGGCGCUUUCACACCAAGUACUUUUCCCAGGAAUAGUUCCCGGAACUUAGUCACCCGGAAAUCUUUAGUUCCGGAACUUUCUAGCAGAUCGCGUUCACACCGGAAUAAGUUCCAGAGGGAGGAUUACGCAAAUGAAGCCGCUGACGUCACUUCUUCUUCUUCUGCUUUGGGUUUACUGGCAGGCCGCAAACCACUUCACGGCGUAUACUGCCGCCCGAAGUCCCCGGCCGGAAGUCCCCGGAGUUGGGGACUGGCUUCAGUAGAAGCUGCUGGGACUCCCAGCAGCUUCUACUGAAGCCUUCCGAGUAAAUCUCCAGAACGCCGACACCUCCUCAUCUCCACCGCUCCAGUCUCUCUCUGUUGGUGCGCGGGUUUAAUGCUAAUGCUAAUAAUGCUAAUGCAAGGAUUGCGAGCAAAUAAAAUGGCGGCUUAAAACGGGGCGUGGUUUGCAAUUUGCCAAUCAGACAUAGGAACCUUUUUCUCCACACGAAAGCCCCUGCUCUCUAGCAGGGACUACAAAGGGGUGAAAAGGUUCCUGGGAACUAAGUUCUAGUUCCAGAUCUUUUUGGUGUGAACGCAAAAUCCCAGGAACUAUUGGAACUAUUUCUGGGAAAAGUUCUCCGGUGUGAAAGCACCUAUUGGAAAGCAAAUGUAAAUCCAGAAGUACAUGAUUUGAGUCACAGCGUGUGUUUAGUUGUGUGUGUUGAGAGAUAGACUUCACACAGACAGUGUUAUUGUAUUUCUGCUCUCUGACAUCAUGCUGUGCAGUCAUUCGUGUCAGUGGUUCCUCACAGCCUCGUGCAUCCAAUACUGUGUCAGAUUCCCCCCUCUGUCACGCCUCACUAUGUUGGUCUGAUCAAUACAACAGCCUGUCUAACUAUCAGCCUGCAUUGAUCCUCUUUGACCCUCUGCUCUGUUUGUUGGAAGGAACUAAAAUAAAAACCUGACGGUAGAUAUUAUUCCUAAGUCAUGUUUGCAGUUCUUCAUGAUUGAGAAUGUACUGUAUGCAUUUAAAGUGUUGAUCAUCUAGAUUUUGAAUAAUUGUAGCCUUAUGUAAUUGUACAUUUGUAUAACUUAUACAUAAUGUAAUGUAUACACUUUUAAUAAAUCAUGUUAACAUUG